GGGUUGGAGAUGAGGGUCAAUAAUGAUAAUAAUUGUAAAAUCAACAUUUUCUUCUCAUUCUUACUUAAUUAAAGAUGAAUUUUCAGGAGGCAGCGGUCAGUGAGGGUCAGAUGUAAGGGUUAGAAAAAAAUAGAUAAACAAAAUUGGGUUAGCCAUUUGUGAGGGAUGCAAACUGAUAAAAAGCUUUUUCUUGUUACUUAAAUAAAUAAAUAAAUAUGUUCGGAUUACUCUCGUCUCUGCUGAGUUUCAAGAGUUUAUUUUUCAUGCGAAAGGAAAUUAAAAAUAAAAGCUGAUAGAAGACGAAUGACUCCUCAUUAUCUUGUUGUUGAACCUUCCUCCUGUACUUUUUGAUUUCCUGCACUGAUGACAAAACAUCCCUCAUGUCAGUUUCAUUUAUAUUCACAUACACAGACAUUUCUAUUUUCAUUUUGUUGUUGCCUUCAGAACGAGUCCCCUGCUUUACAAACAGCCUGAGAUUUUCUCGACUGUUUGGUUUUUGUUUGGUUUCAUUAAAGACUAAGAAAAAUUAAAAAGAAGUUAGUACAUAAAAGAAAAAUGUUUAAAGGUAUAGUAUUUAAGAUUUAGAGGUAUAUUUAUAGGGGUGAAUACAAAGUUAUUAAGUGAGAAACUUUGCUUUAGUCUCGUGUGUGUGAACGGCAGUAAAGAGUCUGCGGUGGGGUUAUUUCAGGUCAUGGUUUACAGAGCAUUAGUAAACAUACCAAUGUGGGGCGAGGCUUUCCAAACUAUCUUUGUGUGGUAUUACCGGAUCUAUUGGCAGUCGGAACACAGAAAUGAUGACGUCAAAGUAAAAUCAGUUCACAGACAGGUCUAGGUUUCGAUGUUCAUUCUUCAAAUUAAAGUCUACGUUAAAAGUCGACUCGCGACAUAUGAGCUCUGGUGGUGACCCAGCAAAAAUUCACUCCCAAACUAGUUUAGGUCACAACUCUUAGUUGAAGAAAGGCUGGUGUCGCACAACUAGUGGUUCAUGGGAUUUGAUUUAAGGUGAGUCAGCCAGGAUUCUGCUUUGUCUGUAUAGAUAAAAAUAAAUUUGAUAGAUACAAAUAUUUUGUAUUUUCUCUGUCAUCUUUUAUCUCUUUUACCUCUGUCUUAUUUCAGCCUUACUGUCUUUUUAGCUUUUGUUAUUCUUGUACCCUUUUCUUAAUUAACCUUUCAGGCCUUUUAUUGUUUUGUCGCUUGCUCAUUUCUGUUGCUGUAUUUUAUCAUUACUAUUAUCAUCAAUAUUACCUGUCAUUAUUUUAUUAUUAUUGAUAUUGCCCUUUAUAUUUUCUAUCCUGUUUCCACUUUCAGACCCCCCUUUUAAUUGAAUUUACUUUUUUUUAAACUAUUUCAUGUUGUUACCCCUGUUACCCCCACUCUCACAGUCACGUUACAGUAUGUUACCCGUGCUACUCGCUAUAUAGACCGUGUAUGAGCUUGAAUGUUACCCUUAACAUUAAAGGAAGAGGGUCCGACAGGAUUUGAUGCGCUCGUUGAUGACUCAAAAUAAGUCGAAAAUAACAUCAUGUGUUGUUGUGCUCACACAGUGAGCGUUGAUAUUAAUGCUACUAAUGCUAUUAACGCUACUCACUAUACAGACUGUGUAUGAGCUUGAACGUUACCUUUCAUGUUGAUGGAAGAGGGUCCAACAGGAUUUGAUGUGCUCGUUGAUGACUCAAAACAAGCUGGAAAUACCGACGUAUGUUUUUGUGCUUAUACAGAAAUCAGUAGUCUCGCAAAAUGAUCAUGUGAAAUUUCAGUAGUGGCGUACUGUGGUGUGUUUGUCGUUGCUUAUGUACUGUUGUCCACUUACUGCAGUCUGUGUACUAUUGACAACUUAUUAAGGUUACAAGGUUUAAGUAUUUAUCUUACAAGAAAAAUGAAAGAUAACCGUUCCAUAUUGGGAAUCCUGUGAAAUAGUACAAUUCUGAAAAAUGAUUGCUGUUUUUGCUUACCUUGGGUCUAGUCGGGGAAUAAUGACCUACAAAAAAAUGUUUGUUGCGUGUUCUUGCCUUUUAUUGACCUGUUCACAUAAAAUGAUAAUAAUGCAUUAGAUUUUACGUAGCGCUUGAUCAGAGACCCUCAAAGCGCUUUACAUUGGACCGUUCAUUUAUGCGCUCACACAGUCACACCACGGUGGUGGUAAACUACUUUAGUAGUCACAACUGCCCAGAGGCAGACUGACAGAAAUGUGGCUACCAGUUUGCGCCUAUGGCCUCUCCAACCACCACCACACAACACUCACAAUUAUACACCAGUGGAGGACACACACUGGGAGCAAGGGGGUUAAGUGUCUUGCCCAAGGACACAGCAGACAGAUUUGGGAUAGGGGGGAAUCGAGCCGCCAACCUUCUGGUUAUUGGAUGACUGCUCUACCUCCUGAGCUACUGCCGCCCCGAAAUAAGUUAAUAAAUGAAAUAAAUAAAUGAAAACUGAGCAAACUGAGGGAACACCAUCCUGCCGUCCUCAGGUCAGCUGAUCCACAGACGUGGGCUGUAAUAAAAGCUCUCCCUCUGUGGGUCUGUGUAGCUGCAGCCCUGAUCCUAUUCAUUAAUGUAAUCAAUUCAUCAUAUUUACAGGCAGCUGCAUUGUGAACGCGAGCUAGUAUAAACACAAGCUAACCUUAGCUAGCAUUGGCACUAGCUAACAUGACUGAGAUUUGUUGAUUUUACAUCCUUCAAGAUAACAAGAACUCAACAUGGCUGACAUAUUUUUAGAAGAGGAUUACAAAUAAAUUGUAAAUGCAAAAAAUAAUUCAAACAUUUACCAAAAUGUGAAAGGAGAAAUCUUUUGUUUGUACAGUAAAAUGUUGAUCUACUCGUUGGAAGUGUUUCUGUGUUCGAUCAGGUUUAUAUGAGGUGGAUAAAUGUUGAUGCUGUUGAUGUUCACGACCGCUGCGGCUUAAAUAACCUCUGCUUGUUAAAGUUUGAGUGUCUAAAGUUCACAUCCCCGCUCCUCUUCCUGGAAUGUAGAAAAACUUGAUAACCCCUCCCAGAUCUGAUCAGAUCUACAGUCUGAGGAUGGGCGUAACCAAGAUAUACUGAGCUGACUUAAGAGAUCAGAGCUCAGACUGGGAAAUUAAACCCUGUCAGUCGUCGUCGACAGCGAGUGUUGAAAUGGCGAAGAAAGGAGUUCAUCUGGACCGUGAGUCUUUCUCUUGUUUAAUCUGUUUGGAUCUACUGAAGGAUCCGGUGACUGUUUCCUGUGGACACAGCUUCUGCAGGAGCUGUAUUCAAUCCCACUGGGAUACUGAGGAUGAGAAGAUGAUCUACAGCUGUCCUCAGUGCAGAGAGACUUUCAUACCGAGGCCUGUCCUGAAGAAAAACACCAUGUUAGCAGUUUUAGUGGAGGAACUGAAGAAGAGCGGACUCCAAGCUGCUCCUGCUGAUCACUACUAUGCUGGACCUGAAGAUGUGGCCUGUGACGUCUGCAUUGAGAGAAAACUGAAAGCUGUCAAGUCCUGUCUUCAAUGUCUAGCUUCUUACUGUCAGAUUCACCUCCAGCCUCAUUAUGAAUCACCUCCAUUAAAGAAACACAAGCUGGUGGAGCCCUCCAAGACGCUCCAGGAGAACAUCUGCUCUUGUCAUGAUGAGGUGAUGAAGAUCUUCUGCCGCACUGAUCAGAAGUCCAUCUGUUAUCUCUGCUCUUUGGACCGACACAAAGGUCACGACAUAGUCUCAGCUGCAGCAGAAAGGACUGAGAGGCAGAAAGAUCUGGAGGAGAGUCGAGAAAACAUCCAGCAGAGAAUCCAGGACAGAGAAGAAGAUGUGAAGCUGCUCCAACAGGAGGUGGAGACUAUCAACGGCUCUGCUGAUAAAGCUGUGGAGCACAGCCAGGAGAUCUUCCGCCAGCUGAUCCGUCUGAUGGAGAAACGCCGCUCUGAGGUGGAGCAGCUGGUCAGAUCCCAGCAGGAACGUGAAGUGAGUCGAGUCAAAGACCUUCAGGAGAAGCUGGAGCAGGAGAUCACUGAGCUGAAGAGGAAAGACGCUGAUCUGCAGAAGCUCUCACUCACAGAGGACCACAACCAGUUUCUGCACAGCUACCCCUCACUGUCAGAACCGGGUCAACCUGCAGACUCAUCCAGAAUCAACAUCCGUCCUCAGAGAUACUUUGAGGAGGUGACAGCAGCUGUGUCAGAGGUCAGAGAGAAACUCCAGGAUCUUCUGACAGAGACGUGGACAAACGUCUCACAGGCAGUGACUAAAGUGGAUGUUUUACUGCCAGAACCAGAACCCAAGACCAGAGCUGAUUUCUUAAGAUAUUCACAAAGAAUCACACUGGAUCCAAACACAGUAAACAGAGAGCUGAGAUUAUCUGAUGGAAACAGAAGAGCAACAAGGACAGAAGAAGAACAGUCUUAUCCUGAUCAUCCAGACAGAUUCACUGAUUGGGUUCAGGUCCUGAGUAGAGAGAGUCUGGCUGGACGUUGUUACUGGGAGGUGGACUGGAGAGGGGACGAGGUUGGUGUAGCAGUCGCAUACAAGACUAUCAGGAGAGACGGGAACUCAAAGGAUUGUUUAUUUGGAGUCACUGACAAAUCUUGGAGGUUAGUCUGUGAUGAAGACAGUUAUGAAUUUAUGCACAACAAAGUCCGCACUCCUAUCUCAGGUCCUCUGUCCUCCAGAGUAGGAGUGUACCUGGAUCACAGAGCAGGUAUUCUGUCCUUCUACAGCGUCUCUGAAACCAUGACUCUCCUCCACAGAGUCCAGACCACAUUCACUCAGCCGCUACAUGCUGGACUGAGGUUAGGCUCUAUUGGAGCCUCUGCUGAGUUUAUAGAAGUGAAAUAAAGAGAAUUUUGAGUCCAUCAGACCAAAAUCAUGGACUGAGAUCCUUGAACUCUUGAAAUGUUCUGGUUUGUAAAUGUUUGUGGAUCAGUCUCACCAAAAACUCUGGGUUUAGUUCUUCAUUUCAGCUUUUUGAUUCUUUUCUAAAGAUGCUGAUUUGGUCGCAGCUUUAAGGACAGUGAUUGUGGAGAACUUUGAUUGUUUGUAUUUCUCAUGUUGAAAAAUCUUCAUCAAGUUUGAUAUCAACAACAUCAAGAUGAUGGUUUGUUCAAAUCACCUUCAGUUGGUGCAGAUGUUGAAGGUCUGAGACUUUAGAAAAAAGUGAGGUCAAAAUCACAGAAAAAGGACGACCUUAUUUCCUGUCCCAAAUCCAAGCGUCUAAAGUCUUUCCAGUCGUCCCCAAAAACUCUUCAGAUGAUCUGUUUCUUUCUCUGUUUGCUGAAUAUUUGUGUUCAUGUGAUCGAUGGAUAUUUCUGUCUGCUUCUGUUGGAUCAGUGUGUUUGUAAAGACAUCUAGAAUCAGACUUUGGACAGAUCUAUAUGUUGUUAUGAGCUUUUCAAUCACUCUAAUAAUAAUAAUCACAUUUAUUAGUCCGACUGUUUGGAUGUUUCUGACUCAGCUCAGAUUGUGGUCAAGUCUCUGAUUGUGGGUAAAAAAAUCAUAAAAAUCCUCAAACUGAGUCACUGAAAUCACCUCGUCUGUUUGUCUUUAUUGUGUCUGUUUCUGCUGGAUGUCAUGUUACCGGUUCAUCUUAGUCGUGGAUCCAUGUGGUCUGCAGUAUUUCUAUGAUGUGUUCACUCACAAGUGUUAGAGGUCGCAGGUGUGAGUCCUGCAGAUAGAUCAGGUUUUCUGUAACUUAAAGGGAAAAUCUUAAUAAAAAUAAUUUAAAAAUUAAAAAUUGAACUGUGGGAGGUAUUAUAAAAUCUUAAAUGUCAGAUAGGAGAGGAAAAAGAGAUAAACAUUAAAAGAGUUCAAAAUUACAGAAUAAAUAUAAGAUGAUAAAAGAAAUAGUUUAAAAAGAAAUCAAAAAAAUAUAAGAUAAAAUCAGAAGACGAGUUUUAUUUGUUUAGUGAAAGAAAUCCAAUUCAGUUCAAUGCAAAACUUAAAAAAGUGGGUCUUGAGUUUGAUUUUGAAAACAUGGAGACCCUGUGGCAUCCUCAGGUCUUCGGGUCCUCAGGUCAGCUGAUCCACAGACGUGGGCUUUUUAAAGACCACUACCUGAAGACCUGAGGACCCUCACAGGAUCAUAUAAGCAAAUCUGAUAAAGAGGUUUGUGCCAGACCGUUAAGAGCUUUAAGUUGAGAGAUCUUUUUAGGAGGACCGGAAAGAAGAGUGCUACAGUAGUCAAUUCUGCAGGUUAUAAAAACAUGAACUAGACUAGAGUCUCUGCGUUGGCUUUAAAGAGAAGCUGUUGUACUCUUGCAAUAUUCCUCAAGUGGUAAAACGCUUCUUUUGAGAUCUCUCUAAUAUUUGGCUCAAAGCUAAGGUUCUGGAUCCAGCACCAAUCCAAGGUUUCUGACCUUCUGACAUUUGUUAAAAGACAGUGAUUUGAUUAGAGCAUCCAGUUUGUCUUUUGACCUCCAGCACCAAUGACCAAAUCCUGAUUUUAGUUCUGGUUGAGCUGUAAAAGGUUCUCUUCCAUCCAUGACUUGAUAUCUAAAGUACAGUUAAAAAGGGUAGUAAACAUUGAGGCGGUGCAAGAGAGUUGCACAAGUGCUUCAAGUCGAGCAUCAACGUCACAAACCAUGGUCCAUACUCCAAGGGCCAACCAAGGGCCAACCAUGGUCAACUAUCUUUACCAUGUCUCUCUGACAGCUCACUGAUGGAGUCUCUUUGUGGGAACUUAGGGUUUCUUCGAGAGAGUGCCGCUGUCUCGCUCCAUCACAGUUUUGAAGCUCUUGGAAAGUGUACUUCAGUUCUGUGGGGUAGUUGAGGUUCAAAGCAUACAUUACACUAAACAACAAGCAGAAGGCUCCACAGAGCAGGUUUUAGCAGGAUUGUCAGCCUCCACACCUUGUUACAGUCCACAUGCUCCACUCGCAAUAUCAACUUCAUUGACAAUUUUAAUCUCCUCUG